AUGGGGGCAGGGAAGAGUAUCCACGAAGCCGAGGCCAUCGAAUCUUUUGCCAAUGCCGGCGAGACUCACCGCGAUGCUGCACCGUCCAAUAAUGUCAUCAAGACGAACGUUGUCAACCAAUCCAGAUACAAGGGCUCAGAUGACUCACCAGUGAUGGAAGGUAAAGAUGAAGAAGACCAUGCUUCAUCUCUCACUUCUGACGAAGAGCAAGAAGAGCCAGUCGUGGUACCCCGACUGGAGCGCAGGGGACUCUUCGGACAGCUCACGCUGUUAGCAGAGGUGGAAGAUCCCAAGAUCUAUCCUCGGAAAACGAAAUGGUUUAUCACCUUUAUCGUGGCAGUGGCAGGGGCUGCGGCUCCCAUGGGCAGCUCGAUCUUUUUCCCCUCUCUAUCUCAGGUGUCAAAAGAACUAGGUACCUCGACUACUAUCACAAAUCUGUCGAUUUCACUAUACAUGCUGAGCAUGUCUAUAUUUCCGCUGUGGUGGUCUUCUUUCAGCGAAAGACUCGGAAGACGAACGAUUUAUCUAGUCUCAUUCACUCUUUUUGUUAUUUUCAACUCACUGUGUGCCAUCUCUAGUUCAAUAGCUAUGCUUAUCGUCUUGCGACUCUUAAGUGGCGGUGCCUCUGCCUCGGUCCAGGCGGUCGGCGCAGGAACCAUCGCAGAUCUUUGGGAUCCAAGGGAACGAGGGCGCGCCAUGAACAUCUUCUAUCUAGGACCACUGUGUGGGCCAUUGUUAGCUCCGAUUGUUGGUGGGGCUCUAGCAGAGCGAUGGGGGUGGAGAAGUACCUUGUGGUUUUUGGCAGUCUGGGGAGGUAUUACCGUCGUACUUAUCUUUAUCGCGCUCCCUGAAACCUUGGCCGCUUCGAACCAGGUACAAGAAGUCAAAGAAGAGCAAUCGGGACCGAUGGAUCGUCAGUUGAGUCAUGUCUCCUCCCGGCAAGUUGUUCACUUUACCACGAAAUGGUUGAAGUAUCUCAAAAUGGUGUUCUUGGAUCCUCUCAAGAUUAUCCUUUAUUUGCGGUAUCCCCCCGUCCUGCUCACCGUUUACUACGCCAGUAUCACCUUCGGCUCGCUGUAUGUACUCAAUGUCAGUGUUGAGCAUACGUUCGGAGGUAGCCCGUAUAACUUCAGUACGAUCAUCGUUGGUCUUCUCUAUAUUCCGAACUCGUUGGGCUAUGUCGUUGCCAGUACCUUUGGGGGCCUUUGGAUGGACAGCAUCAUGCAGCGAGAGGCCAAGAAAGCCAAGAGGUACGACGAGAAUGGCAAGCUGAUAUACCACCCUGAAGAUCGCAUGCGCGAGAACGCCUGGCUCGGAGCCUUCUUGUACCCUGCUGGGUUGAUUUGGUAUGGCUGGUGUGCAGAUCGGGGGGUGUUCUGGCUGGCGCCGAUGAUUGCGAACUUCUUUUUUGGUGUCGGCUCCAUGCUCAUCUUUGGCAUGGCAACGACGAUGCUGACUGAAUUCAUGCCCAAGAAGUCAUCUGCGGGAGUUGCUCUCAAUAAUUUCAUGCGGAACAUCUUCUCGUGUGUGGGCUCUGUGGUCACUGCGCCGAUCAUUGAUGCCAUUGGCAACGGAUGGCUUUUCACUAUUCUUGGACUGGUCGCUUUCGCAAGCAGCUCGGUUCUCUUUGUGAUGAGAAUCUACGGACCUCGGUGGAGGAAAUCCAUGGACGCGCUCAGGAAAUGA